UUAACGGCACUAAUCCGGUCGUCUCUUAGAGUUAGUCAGCCUGUAAUUCAGCAGAAGCUCCUCAUCACAUAACUCCCUUGUUGCCACCAAAACCAAUGUCUUAAGAACCGAAGCAUCCAAACCAUUGCUACCUGCUGUCUUAAACCAAAAGCUUCCAAAUCUCUUCAAGAACAUCUUUGGCCUUACAAAAGCCUUGGAGUGGCUUGCUCAACGCUUUCCAUAACCUGUCUGAACCAUUUUCUAUUAUUUUGGUGUGUGUUUUAACCACGGGUGCGUAGGAAGUACCAGUCCAUAGUUCUCAACAUUCUCCACCGAGACCCAAGGCUGAGCGUUUAUCACAGUCCCAUCGUACCUUGUGAUGAGAUAAGAGUUGUGUGAGUCAACCUUAGGGUACCCUGGAAUGUACCUGUAGAAGGCAGGGGAGUAGAUAACUCCAGGGUAAAAGGCUAAGACCGUUCCAGCAUCUGCUUGGCUUUUGAUGAAACAGCCUUGACCAGCGUCUUUGUGAGGUGUAGCCCAUUUGAUCAAGUAAAUGUCUAUAAGACCUCAGCUAGUUUCAAAGGCUUUGUCUCAGGAACAACUGUGCUGAAGAAGAAGAAGAAUCAGUGUGAAUAAUAUGGAAGAAAGUAGUGAAGAUCAAUGUUCAAAAAAUCACUAGACAGUAACUAAGCAUUUUAUAGAAGACUAGCGAUUAGAGGGCAGUAUAUGAAGCUUAAACAUUAAGGAAUUAUUUGAUUUAUUUUAUAUAUUUUUAUUUAUAUUAGAUAUUUUAGUUUUUGGGUUUAGUUAUAAAUUUAUUUUGAUGAAUUAUAUACGACAAAAAAAAACUGAAUAAAUUUGUGGAUUUGCACUAACAUUAUUGGUUGAUUCAACAUAUUAAGACUGAUUUAAACUAAGUUAGACCGAUUUCAACUGAUUUUAACCGAUUUAAAACGGUAUAAACCUAUUUGAGUUGUCUAGACACUGACUACAUGGGUUAAGAUUAUAAAGCUCACAAACUGAAACACUUAGGGAGCUUAUCUUCAGCUGGAAAAGUAUUACCCCCACCAAUGGCGAAAGUAAGACCGCUCUGACGAGGAGGAAGAGGGCUUGCUGUUUUGUGGUCCUUACUCGUUCUUGCUAAAUUCUGGAUGAAGGAUCCCGCCCAUCAAAGAGCAGAAGUUUUCAACUAGGUAGUGAAUGUUCUCUUGAAUUUGUCUCUGCUGCUGAGACUAGGAGGUUUUAACCAGCCAUCUCAAUGAUCUCCUCUGCAUCUGUCUCCAUAGCUUCUCGUCCCAACCGAUUAAAGCUAACGCACAAUUUUUUUUUCAUAAGCUAGAGUUAAAUAAAACAAAAUCAAGAACUAUUGAGACAAAAGAGCCAACCUUGUAUACAUAAACAGCUUGUUAAUGUCUGCUUCAAAUUGGAGCUGCCUUGGGUUCUUGGCAAAUGUAAAUACUCUUGGCAAGAACUCCAACAGCCUAAAGUCCAAAAUCUCAGUCAGCAAUGUCUGAACUCUUUACCAAAACCCUGCAAAUCCCCCUAAGAUCUAACAAUGAUCCCAUGAAGCCUCUCAGCAACUGACCAAAAGAGAAACUUCAUAAGAUCGAACAAAUAUUAAGCCCAAUGGCGAGAACAGGAAAACCAUAACUAAUGACGCUAUAAGAAUGCCCAAUGAAAAUGAAGAAUUGUUAUUUUCUAUAGAUGAUACCCUCAUUUUAUUUGACAUAUUUGAAAAAGAAAAUUAAUCAACUUCCUCGUAAUAAUAAUAAUAUAAAAAGUGGUAACUUGACGUGAAAAAAUAAUACAAAAAGAAACAAACGUGGACGAAGCAAUGAGCUAAAUAUGAUUAGAGGUUUAACUUAGGUUACCCGUUAUCAACCACUUCUCAUCCGAAUCAUUUCCCAAAACCAGUUCACAGUUUUGGUCAAAACACACAACCUUUUUUUUUGGCAAAAGAAUCAAAAAUACAAUCUAAAACCUAUUCCUCUAUUUAAACCUCCCAGAAAGAUUCAACCUAUUGAAAUUCCCAAGAACAUAGCCAAUGACCUCAAAACAUCCUACUUAAAGUGCAAGAAAAGUACUAAUACACACAGGAGAAUCAAGAAGCCGCAGGAAUAUAAAGACACAACAUCUUUCUGCUCACCAAAUCAAACCCUAUUUUCUCCUGAGAAAACCACAAGAAACUCAUGCAAUAUUCUUCACCCCACUAGCUAAACUCACCACCUCCAUUGUUUAUUAACCUCUCUUCAUUCCUCUCUCUCCAUUCUUCAUCAUCUUUUUCACAAUGAGUACCAAUUCUUCUUACUAUCUCACCUUCAGUGACGCUUUCUCCUCCCACGAGCCUCUUGUUUCACGUAAGCUCUUUCUCCUCAGAAACGUCCAAGUUCUUGAGCUUCUUCUUGCCCUUUUCGCAUUUAUCGCCAUACAUUCCUUGCGCCAGAAGAAACACUACGGUCUUCCUGUAUGGCCCUUUCUAGGCAUGCUUCCUUCUCUAGCUUUUGUCCUCAGAGGAAACAUCUACGAGUGGCUAACCGAUGUUCUCCGUCGUCAAAACGGGACUUUCCAUUUCAGAGGCCCUUGGUUCAGCAGCCUCAACAGCACCAUUACUUGCGACCCAAGAAACGUUGAGCAUCUCCUCAAGAACCGUUUCUCUGCCUACCCUAAAGGCUCUUACUUCCGAGACAACCUUAGAGACCUUCUAGGAGACGGUAUCUUCAACGCGGAUGACGAGACUUGGCAGAGGCAGAGGAAAACCGCAAGCAUCGAGUUUCAUUCAGCUAAGUUCAGACAGCUAACAACUCACUCCUUGUAUGAGCUUGUUCACAAGAGGCUCUUACCAGUUCUUGAAGCUUCGGUCAAAACCUCUUCUCCUAUUGAUCUACAAGACGUGUUGUUGAGGCUAACGUUUGAUAACGUGUGCAUGAUUGCUUUUGGAGUCGAUCCAGGAUGUCUUGGUCCAGACAAACCUGUAAUACCCUUUGCUAAAGCCUUUGAGGACGCGACAGAAGCUGCGGUUUGUAGAUUCGUCAUGCCUACUUGCGUGUGGAAGUUGAUGAAGUGUCUUAACUUAGGAACUGAGAAGAUGCUAAAGGAGUCAAUAAAAGGUGUGGAUGAUUUUGCUGAGGAAGUUAUCAGGACGAGGAAGAAAGAACUGUCUCUUGAAGGUGAAUCCACAAAGAGAUCUGAUCUCUUGACGGUGUUUAUGGGUCUGAGAGAUGAGAAGGGAGGUAGCUUUUCAGACAAGUUUCUUCGUGAUAUAUGUGUGAACUUCAUACUUGCUGGGAGAGAUACUUCUUCUGUUGCUUUGAGCUGGUUCUUCUGGUUGCUAGAGAAGAAUCCAGAGGUGGAAGAGAAGAUUAUGGUGGAGGUGUGUAAGAUUUUGAGGCAGAGAGAUGAUAGUGGAAAUGGAGGGAAGAUAGAUUAUGAGCCUGUUUUCAGACCAGAAGAGAUCAAGAAGAUGGAUUAUCUACAAGCUGCUUUGUCUGAAGCUCUUAGGUUAUACCCUUCAGUUCCUGUUGAUCACAAAGAGGUCCAAGAAGAUGAUGUAUUUCCUGAUGGAACAAUUUUAAAGAAAGGAGAAAAAGUUAUAUACGCAAUUUACGCUAUGGGUCGUAUGGAAGCUAUUUGGGGAAAAGAUUGUCGUGAGUUUAGGCCAGAGAGGUGGCUAAGAGAUGGGCGGUUUAUGAGUGAGUCGGCAUAUAAGUUCACGGCCUUUAAUGGCGGUCCACGCCUUUGUCUAGGCAAAGAUUUUGCUUAUUAUCAGAUGAAAUCUACUGCAGCUGCAAUAGUUUACCGGUACAAGGUGAAGGUGGUGGAGGGUCAUAAAGUGGAACCGAAGUUAGCUCUUACAAUGUACAUGAAACAUGGCUUGAUGGUGAAUUUGAUCAACAGGAGUGUCUCCGAGAUUGAUCAAUACUAUGCCAAGACUAUUGAUGAUGGUAAUAUUAUUUAGUGUUUAAUGUUUGAGAUUUGUUAAUUAGUUAAGAUGGUGACCAUAAGAAGAUUGUUUACUUAUUUUUGGAUCAUUUGAAUUUUAAGCUAUUUUUCUUUGUUUUCAAUUUGGUAAUUCGAUGAUGUGUAUAGUCUAUUUGGGUUUUAGCGUUUGGAAAUGAGGAAAGAGGUUGUUAUGGUUGGUAACCAUUUUAUUGCUAGGAAAAAUAGUUGGUAGGGCUUGUAAUAUCAUAAUAAAUUUAUUACUUAGAAUUUUAAUCUAUUUUUAUGAGUACAAGAAAAUUUUAUUAGGUAUACUAACAUAUUAUAAUCAAUAUUUUUAUUAACAAACUGUUCUUCUUCGGCAAACAAAAUCGUUAAGAAACUAAACGGUUUUUGGUGAAAACUAUCCUAACUUUAUUCUGAAAAAUAAAGUGAUGGAUGAGUAUAGCUUUAACAUAU